AUGAAUCCCCACCAGAAGAACAAGGUCGAUAUCAGCUCACUGUCGGCCGAGGAGCAGCGCCUUUUCAGGCUCUAUGGCAAGCUGCCGAACCGAAAGGACCUGCUGCAGAACAAACUCAAGGAGCGCAAGUACUUCGAUAGUGGAGACUACGCCCUCUCCAAGGCCGGCAAGGCAGACGACGUCGGCGUCACGCAGAUCGGCCGCGAGCACCCCGUUCCUGAGAACAUCCCGCACAGCUCGUCGCCGCAUGCUGGCAACGGUGGCAUCAACCUGCCAGCUCCUCACCACGCCAACGGCCAAGGCACCAGUCCGGUCAAGGAUAACAGCUUCAUCCACCGCGAGACGAGCCUCAACCGCGAGACCAGCGUAGAUGACGAGGAGAUGGAGGGCGCCAAAGAUGGCCUCGAGGCCAAGGCCGAGGAGGAGGGAAAGGCCGUCCCCAUCCGCCAGUCGUGA